GUAUUAGAGAAAAUUGAUCAGCAAUUAUUUCCCCUCAAAAGAAAAAAAAAACUGAUCAGCAAUGGAAGAUGGUGUUGGAGUUGAACGGCCAUUGAAACUUCUCAUACUUCCAUUUCUAGCACCUGGUCAUAUGAUUCCUUUGGGUGACAUAGCAGCUUUGUUUGCAUCCCAUGGCCAACAAGUCACGAUCAUCACCACUCCCUCCAACGCCCAUUUCUUUACCAAAUCUCUCUCCUUCGUCGAUCCGUUUUUCCUCCGCCUUCACACCGUCGACUUCCCCUCCCAACAAGUCGAUCUUCCCGACGGCGUUGAAUCAUUGUCCUCCACCACUAACCCUGACACCAUGGCCAAGAUAUGUAAAGGUGCAAUGCUCCUCCAUGAACCCAUUAGAGAAUUCGUGGAGAAGGAUCAACCUGACUACAUCAUUGCCGACUGUGUAUACCCUUGGAUUAAUGACUUGGCCAAUAAGCCUCAUAUCUCCACCAUUGCCUUCACCCCAUUCUUCCUCUUUACAGUAUCCCUCAUAGAAUCCUUAAGAAUAAAGCGCUCAUAUUCUGACAAGAAUUCGAGUUCGAGUUCGUUCGUUGAUCCAAAUUUUCCUCAUUCUAUCAACUUUUGCUCAACACCACCAAAACUAUACGUCGCAUUUGAGGAAAGGAUGCUUGAGGCAAUCCGCAAAAGUAAGGGACUCAUAAUUAACAACUUUGUUGAACUUGAUGGUGAAGAUUGCAUCAAACACUAUGAGAAAACCAUGGGUUACAAGGCUUGGCAUCUUGGUCCAACUUGUCUUAUUCGCAAAACUUUUGAAGAGAAAUCUAUGAGGGGCAAUGAGAGUGUGGUUAGCGCGCAUAAGUGUCUAGGUUGGCUCAAUUCAAAGCAAGAUAAUUCAGUGUUAUACAUAUGUUUUGGGAGCAUCUCUUAUUUCUCUGAUAAACAACUUUACGAGAUUGCGAGCGGAAUAGAAAAUUCAGGUCACGAAUUUGUAUGGGUUGUUCCUGAGAAGAAAGGGAAAAAAGAUGAGAGUGAAGAGGAGAAAGAAAAGUGGUUGCCUAAAGGAUUCGAAGAGAGAAAUGUUGAAAAUAAGAAAGGUUUUAUCAUUAGGGAGUGGGCCCCACAAGUAAUGAUUUUAAGCCACGCUGCUGUGGGUGCAUUCAUGACGCAUUGCGGGUCGAACUCCUUGGUAGAGGCUGUUAGUGCAGGGAUUCCAAUGAUCACGUGGCCAGUGCAAGGAGAACAGUUCUAUAAUGAGAAGCUGAUAACUGUUGUGCGAAGGAUUGGGGUGGAGGUGGGUGCAACAGAGUGGUCUGUACAUGGUUAUAAAGGAAAAGAGAAAGUGGUGAGUAGACAUAGUAUAGAGAAAGCUGUGAGGAGAUUGAUGGACGAUGGUGAUGAAGCUAAGGAAAUCAGACAACGUGCUCAAGAGUUUGGGAAAAAGGCUACACAUGCUGUUGAAGAAGGCGGGUCGUCUCAUAACAAUUUGUUGGCUUUGAUUAACGAUCUUAAAAGAUCGAGAGACCGCAAACCACUUGAAUAAUUUAAAUCCUAUUAUCAUGUGUAUUCAACUAGUUUGAAACCCGUCCCUCCACGAAACUAGUUUGAAUAAUUUGAAUAUUUUAUAUGUGUGUGUGUGUGUGUGUGUAUAUAUAUAUAUAUAUAUAUAUAUAUAUAUAUAUAUAUAUAUAUAUAUAUAUAUAUAUAUAUAUAUAUAUAUAUAUAUGUAUAUAUUUAAAUUUAUGUUGAUAAUAUUUGUUACGAAAAUAAACAAUACAUGUCAAAAUGUAUUAUAUCUUAUAUAUUAAGGGAAUACACAUAUCUUGUUGGUGUAA